AUGGACAUCUUCCCCUGUGACGUCCGAGAUGACGGUGGCUUUGAGCCAGCAAUUACUGCAUUAAACGAGAUGGGGCAGCAGUUCAAGAAAAUCACCAAGGAGAUUCCAUCGAAUCUAUCCCUUCUGCAUCAAAAUGAAGAGGAAAUUCGACGAGGCAAUGGACGGCAACCGUGCAGUAACACCCAUGUACGAACCUGUGAAGUGCCUAAGUGCAAUUUAACCAACGACACAACUCACAACGAGAUCAACUCUCAAAAACGCAAAGAUCAGCUCAUCAAAUUCGUAGAUGAGUUUAAGGUAGCCUUGAACGGACGCCGUAUGAACUGGCAUGAUUGCUGGAAGGAAGCACGAAGCCAUGGUAUCAUUAUGCAUUACACCAACUAUGAGGUCAUGAAGAACGCGUAUCAUCGAGCUAAGCAGCAACACUCUUUACCUCCCUUUGAUCUUAUAUCCUUUUAUCUUCUCCACAUAUAUCCCAUCAUUUUUUUCAUUAGUCAAUAA